AUGCUCGUCUCAUGGUGGCAUCUCUUCCUGGGAGCGCAGAGCCUCUUCAGACACGUGGACGUAUUGACAUAUGUGACCUGGAAGCUGAGCCGCCUGCCCAAGCACCGCGUCAUCGGCAGCGGGACCAACAGAUGGAUUCUGGGAGAACAUGGCAACUCCAGCGUUCCCGUCUGGAGUGGCACUAAUGUGGCAGGAGUCAGUCUGCAGAAACUCAAUCCAGACAUCGGAACAGACAUGGACCGAGAGAACUGGAUAGAAACACACAAGUCAUGGACAAAGUCUUCCACGACCGUGUGCUGUUAACCACACUACACUAACUGGGCCAUCAGGCUGGACGUGGCCGACCUGACAGAGAGUCAUAUGAAGAACCUCAACCGAGUCCAUCCCGUUUACACCAUGGUGAAGGGUUUGUACGGCAUCAGUGACGAGGAGUACCUGAGCCUGCUGUGUGCGUUGAACAGUGCUGGAGUUGGGUUGGUCAAUAUGAGCCUGACCAGAGACGAGGUCUCGCAGCUGAAGAAGAGCGCAGACAUGCUGUGGCACAUCCAGAGAGACCUGAAAGACCUGUAACACUUACUCACAACCAAUGGCUAUUAUUCACAGCUUCAAACGUUUGAUUGCUGCUAUGACAAGACAUCAAUGCAUAAGAUUUUUCUUUUAACAUCCUAGUUGUAUUAUUUUCUUGAAAUUAUCUUUCACAUGAUUUGGGGGUUUGAAAAUUAACAUAUAUAUAAAGGAGUAGUUCACCCGAAAAUGCAAUUUGCCGAAUAUUUACUCACCCUGAGGUCAUCC